CUUCAUAAGCCUGUGCUUUCGCAUCGUGAAAGACUUGAUCCCACUCAUCUCGUCUCUCUGUCUCUCUGUCUCUCUCUUUGGUCUCUCAUUGUCACGUCCGGGAGUCAAAGCAAGGCUUGGUUACAAUGUCCACGACUGUCCAGGUUGUCGUGCCGCCAGUUGCAGGACACACCCGCAAACCGGCCACCUUGAAGAGCGAAUGGCGAAAAAGGGAUCCAAAGACAUGGACCUUUGCCCAACGCUUCUUCGAGAGAGCUGACCUUUGGCCCCUUCCUCCCGAAGGUACGGCGCCGGUGCACAAGAUCAAUGAUCCGGUGCCGAGACUUGCUCAAAGGCAAAUACACAGGUUCUUGGUGCCAAAGCUGCUUGUCACCUUCGGCCUGCACGCCCUCAUCCUCAAAUUGAUCAAGAAGAGAGCGCUACACCCUCUAGCAGCUUUCGCAUUCUAUUCGGGCGCUUUCAAGGCUAUCAACAGUCGAGUCUUCAACUUUUGGAGAGUGCUUGGUGCCAAGCAUGGGUUCUUGGACGGCGAACAUGAAAGGGACGGCGUGCCUGAUGGACACGAAAGCAAAGUCGCUCAGAGUCUCCUCUUCGUGACGACCAUCAGACCCGUCCUGUCGACGUUCUUGGCCUACAACACAAGGGAUCAGCCUUUCAGCAUCUCGAAGCUCAUCCCUCUCAAGCUGUCAAUUUACACCGUCGCGCUUGACUAUUGGUUUUACGUGUACCACAGGCUCAUGCACGAGGUGGACUUCUUGUGGAAAUUCCACUCGCGGCAUCACAAGACGAAGCAUCCCUCGACAGCUCUGACGCUGUACGCCGACGAAUGGCAAGAGCUCUUCGACGCCGUCGUCAUUCCAGGUCUCGCCUAUCUGACGACCAAGCAGUUCAUCUCGCUCAACUUUUACGAGUUCUUCGUCGUCAUGAUCUACCAGACCUUUAUCGAGCUGGGAGGUCAUUCGGGAGUUCGCUGCUACGCCACCCCUCCCAAUGCUUGCUUUGGACUCUUGAGGUUCUUCAAGAUGGACCUCGACAUUGAGGCUCAUGACUUGCAUCACCGUCGGGGCUACAAGAAGAGCGGCAACUACGGCAAACAGACGCUCGUCUGGGAUACCCUUUUCGGCACCAAGAUGCCCCGCGACGAGACCAGGGACGAGCACAUCGAGUGGAAUCAGCACGUCGAUGCGCCGUGGUACUGAUGCUUUCUCGAAUUGCAUAGACGUGUAGAUGUAUGUAUGUAAUCGCUUGUGCCUAAUAAUCGACUUUGGCUCCGCUGCCCACUGC